AUGGUCAACAGAUUCGAAGGAGCUGUAUUCCUAGACGGUAUCAGUUUGGCUUCUGUCCCUCUGAACAUUCUGAGGUUGGUAUUUCUGUGCCUGCCUGGUUUGAUGUCCUGCCUGUUUCUUCACUGUUUCUUCAGCUUCCUCCGACUGUAAUGCAAGGUUAAAUAUCGUCUCCUUAAUUUUUGCGUCGACAAGGCGUUCCCCUUUAUCCCGCAUGAAACUUAAUCCUGUACGCUGCAAUCGUGUGGUACCCGACACCAAGGAACCCUGUAUGUAUAUUUGGUUUCAUUUCUGGUGUCCUUGCACACAAAAGAUUUCAGCACUUUUAUGAUGGCCUUAGUAGCUGGUCGUUUUCUUGGAUGGCCAUGAAGACAAAUUUACGGUAAUUCCUUUCCCGGGUUCGCCGCUAAUUUCUCUCGGCAAACGAAACCACGCAACAGCUUCGCACGCUACUGUCCUGGUAGCGUUGCUCCGCAGAAUACCAUUUAUUUUAUUGUACCAGGUUGAUGAUGAUGAUGUUUUUCAUAUGUCUUAAUCUAAAUGUUUUUCAAUUAAUACAUAAGUUCUGUGUCGUCUGUUUUUUCGUAGAUCGCGGUUGGCUAUUAUUCCUCAGGAUGCUUUAUUGUUUAGCGGUGGAGUGCGAAAUAAUCUUGACCCGUGGAGGAAGGUAAACUUUCAUUGGAAAAAGAAAACACGCCAUCGCAUAAGAUAUGGAUUUGUGCAUGCAAAAUUUGUCUGGGAACUUCCUAUCAAAAGAAUCAUGAAUAGUUAAACGUUCUAAUAGAUUUGGGAUCAAAGAUUAACGUAUGAAGGUUUCUUUGUAUUUGCACUCUCAGUCCGUCCACCCGCGCAGAAAUCACCGAGAGUUUGAAAACUGUUGAAGUGCUUUAAACGAAGUAGGGAGAGAAAAGGAAAUGAACUAUAAUACUAUGACACUUAAGUAGGUUUGUGUUUAGUCUGUUCUUUUGCCUUGCUUUUCACAGCAUUCUGACUCGCAGUUAUGGACAGUUUUAGAUCGUUGUCACCUGGAACACGCUGUAAGACAACUCGGUAUGUUUACAACAUAGGGUUUUUGUUGACUUGUUUGUAAUCACGCAGUCUUCUGUGUAGGAGCCUGGCAGAUUAGGUAAUUUGUGAGGGAAUCAUUCAUUAGCUAAUGGUGACAAAGGAGAUUGUUAUAUGUUUUGAGAGUACUGUUUCUUUAUAUUUUUUUAGACUACUGUUUCGUUAUGUGUUUUGAGACUACUGUUUCGUAAGCUGCUCGUGAGCCGUCCAUAAUUCCAAGAAAAAAGAACGUUCGAAAACUUAUAUGUACAAGACUUAGAGCGUGGCCUUUCGAAUUGAAAAAAGGCAGCUAGCAAGACAUACUGAGCAAGGCCUGCUUCUCACCGCGUCUCUCGGCUCUAAAGCGUUAUACGAAAACUGAGUGAUCAGUUGAAUUUCAGUUCUUCACUGCUCUAUAUCUCUCCAGGGGGCCUGGACGCUGAUGUCGGUGAACGUGGUUGUAAUUUUUCAGUUGGUCAGCGGAAGCUCAUCUGUUUAACCAGAGCUCUUUUGACGCGAUCGAAGGUA